AUGACCAAACAUCUUUUUGUAAUUGCUAUAUGUGCUGCGCUUGCUACUAUCGCUGUUGGUGAGUUCGCUCCUCAACAUCACCAGCAGCAAUGGCAGCUUCCAUCCGACGCCCGAGCGGCGCUUCCCAUUCAGGAGCACCAUCCCCAUCACAAGCUCGUCACGAGUAGCAACACGCACGUCUGGUCGCUAUCCUCAAAGCUUUCGCACCAGCGCCCUUUCCCCCUGCGUCCCCCCAGUUCGAGUCAAGCUACCGAGACCGUCGUCAGCGAUCAACGUGCACAGGCUGGUUUCAUCAACGAUCCAGCGCCAGCGCCCUUGGCCGCCAACGCCAAUUCCGCCGACCUGGAAUGGUCGCUGUCCAACGCCAACGGUUCGAUCCGAGUCAAUGCUCUCUUCCCGUCGCUCGCUCAUCUCGAUCUGCUCCGUGCAGGCAUCAUUCAGGAUCCCUCGAUUGGCUUCAACGAGGGUCUCUACCGCUGGGUCGCCGACGAGCCAUCUUGGACCUAUACCGCCGACCUCGAGCCUGUUGUCCAACAGAUUCGAGCUACUCGCAAUCUUGCUAUCACCGCCAAUCCCCAGCAACAGUACUGGAUCUACUUUGAAGGCCUCGACACCAUCGCCAAAGUCUUUGUUGGAGGACAUCUGGUCGGUGCCACACACAAUCAGUUCAAGUGGCAUGCCUUCCGAGUUCCAUCGCAUCUACUCGACCCCGACGAUACGACCACGCGCCACGCACGCAAUACCAACAUCACCCUCGUCUUUGAAAAUGUCAACGAGUAUGCUGCGCAGCAAGCCGCAGAGCACGAUCCAGGCUAUCUGAACCAGGUAGAAAGCCCUCGUGAACCUCGUACCUCUGACUACGAGUAUCCCAACCGAAUCUUUGUGCGCAAGCAGCAGUCGGAUUUCGGCUGGGAUUGGGGUCCUGCUUUGGUGCCUCGAGGACCGUACCGGCCUGCCUACUUGAUUGCACUGCCCGCCUCUGUCCAGUCUUCUGACGCUGUAGCAGCUCCAAUUAACACACACAAGGCCGCUACAAGCCGAGCUUCUUCCUACACCCAGCAAAGUCCGGCCGUCCUGGUCAUUGCGUCAGCCAUUGACAUUUAUCGCAAAGGUCAAACCAACAAUCUGCCGCCUCCCGAUCCUGACGCCAACUGGAUCAUCAAUGUCACUCUCACAUUGCUCUCGUCCGACGUUGUGCACUGGCCAUCGAUUCGCCUCGCAAUCCCCUCGCUGGGCUUGUACACCUUUGAUGCGCUUCUCUCCUCUCCGACUGUACAAGCUGGAGUCAAUCAACCCGUGCAUGCCGCCUUUGAAAUUCCGAGUGGCGGGAAGUACGGUCCCAAGCUCUGGUGGCCGCGCGGCUACGGCGAACAGAAUCUUUAUCACGUUGUUAUUCGAAGUGAUCAGCUGAGAAUUGAGGUCCGAAAGCGUGUUGGCUUUCGCACCGCUGUGCUGGAUCUUUCCGAUAUCUCGCGUCAAGAGGUCAACCAGGGCGUCCAGCCUGGCUCGCACUUUCGUCUCUUCGUCAAUCAACGUGAAGUCUACGUCAUGGGAACCAACACGAUCCCGCUCGAUACCCUCACCCCACGCAUCAAUCCAAACUAUCUCCGAUGGCUGCUCGAAUCAGCGCUUCAAGCAAACACCAAUCUGAUCCGCAUCUGGGGCGGAGGCGCGUACCCUGCGCAAGAGCUGCUCGAUCUGUGUGACGAGCUGGGCAUCAUGGUUUGGAUGGACGCCAUCUUUGCUGCCUCUCUCUAUCCCUACCACCAAGAGUUCCUCCGCGAGGUUAGCGGCGAAAUUGCACAGGUAAUGGUCGAAGUUGUCUCGCACCCUAGUCUGGUUGCUGUAGUGGGUAACAAUGAAGGCGAGCUGUACUUUUUAGGAGCCUAUGGCACAAGGCCACAGGAUCCAGAGUGGCUGCGUGGAUAUCAACUCUUGUUCGACCUUGUCAUUCGUGAUCGCGUCAAGGAGUUCAGCAGAGGCUUGUCGUAUCUUCCUUCCUCGACCACAACAGGCUACCUUCAGCUCGACCCGUACCAAGGUCGUUAUGAUAACUAUACCAGGGGUGUCGAGAUACAUGGAACCGGUGAGCAUUACGGCUAUGAUGCGCAGAGGGCAUUUGACAUCAAUACGUAUCCGCGCAGCCGGUUUAUGGUCGAGUUUGGUAUGUUUUCGCUCCCUUCGAUUUACACUCUUGAUCGCAUUCUCGCUCCUUUGGGCAUCAACGACGAAAUCUAUUCGGUCAACUCUACUGUCUUACGUGCGCAUCUCAAGCAUCCACCUGCUGCAAACUUGACUUACCCUUUUAGCGCCGAUGUGGGCCAGCGCGAACUGCUUUCCGCCGUCAACACAUAUUUCCCGCAACCUCUGGCUAGCUUGGAUGCCCGCGAAGAGCUGCACCAGUAUUCGCUCUCGAGUCAGCUAUACCAAGCCAUCUUCAUGGCCAACCAGAUUUCCGUGUAUCGUCGCCAAGCGGGAAGACGCGAGCAAAACCGCGGUUUGGUGGUCUGGCAGCUCAACGAUAUUUGGGAAGGUACGAGUUGGAGUAGUAUCGAAUACACUGGUCGAUGGAAGAUGGCGCACUAUGUGUAUGCGAACGUGCAGGCUCCGUUGGUAGCUGUGGCCGUGUACAAUGUGUCGGAUGAUACGUUGGAGCUAGACGUCGUGUACACUGGUGCCAAGAUUGGGGCUGGGGAGGGUGAGGUCAGCGUGCGAAUGGACUGGUUUGAUUUCGUCGGCAAGCCGCUCUACCAGCGCCGAGAGAACGUUACUUUGGAUGUCACGACUCCUGGAUCAAUGACGAUUUCAACUAUUCGCAAUCCCGCCCGAAGCGUAUGCACGAGCAGCAACGGAUGCUACCUGCGUCUCAGCUCUGGAAGAUCCGGUUCGGACUGGACAUGGUACUGGACGCCACUGCGCAACCUUACAGCCACGCUCCGCCACCUUGAGGAAGAAAACGUCCGUCCGCAGCUCAGACUCUCCCUGGUCUCGACCUCGCAGAAGAGCACGGCCGAGGGUGGCCACUGGACGGUUGAGGUGCGCAACACUGGCAACGCAACCGCGCCUUUUGUGUUUGUCGAUCAUGGAGCACACUACCUAGGCUAUUUUGCCACUUGUCAAGGUGAUGGUGAAUGCCGACCACACAACGUAUUCUGGCUUAACCCUGGCGAAUCGAGGACGUUGAGCUUUGUUCGUCUGAUCCCUUCCGAGGAUGCGAGAGUCGAAUGGGAGGACACAGAGGAGCAAAGGAAGAAAUGGUUCGAUUCGCUCAGCGCUUGGUCGCUGUUUGACAAUCUUGGAGGCAAGGCUAGCAGCCGCAAGACAAUGCAAAACACUCGAACGAAGCUUGGUGACGACGCAAGUAUGCGCAUCUAG